AUGCAUGACGACAUUGAGGAAUACGUCAAGAAAUGCAAACAUUGUAAUCACACGGCGGCUAAACCAAUUAAGGAACCAUUGCACCCGUGGCCUGAUUCAAAGAAACCAUGGUCUCGUCUUCACAUCGAUUUUGCCGGUCCAAUUCACGGACAAUGGAUACUCGUCAUUGUCGAUAGCUACUCCAAAUUCGUUGACGCGGGAUGGUUUUCGACAAUAACAUCGGCAGCAACAUGUCGAUAUUUACGCAGACUCUUCAGUCGCUAUGGACCACCGGAAGUACUCGUUUCGGAUAACAGCACUCAAUUUACCUCGGAAGAAUUCGCACAAUUGUGUGCCGAAUUUAACAUCUUACACCUUCGUAGCCCACCGGGACAUCCGCAAUCAAAUGGUCAAGCCGAAAGGAUGGUAAGAACAUUAAAAAGCUCGAUAGAGACAAGUUCAGCAUCGCAACUGGAAUCGAAGUCAAACCGAUUUUUAUACGCAUACAACUAUACACCUAGUGAUGUAGUACCAGACCAUAAGUCUUCAGCCGAAGUAUUCUUUGGACGCAAAUUCAGAACGCCACUGGAUAUUUUCACUCCAAUCGCGAAACCUACGACAGAUCUUACUCCUCAACAGGAAAAGAUGAAACAACAGUUCGACGAUCAUCACGGCGCGAAGCCGCGCUCUUUUAUUCCAGGUCAGUCGGUAGUAAUCCAGCUCUCCAACGAGCAACGCAUUUCUGGAAAAAUUGUGAAGCUAAUAGACAAAACAAUUGCUCGUGUCAAUUUCGAGGGAGGAUUCAUUAAGAGAUUGGCAGUUAACAGUAGGCAUUGGCCUGCUCAACCGAACUCCACGCCUAACACUUCGCAAGUGGAACCAGAGGAAGCUGAACCUCCUAGUAAUGAAGUUGAACCUCUUGAACCUCCUGAACCUCCUAGUAAUGAAGUGACACAAGUUCCUGGGCCGACUGUUCGCCGUUCUGAACAUCUAUCACGUCAGUUACAGCCCGACUACAAAACUGUAGGAAGAACUCGUCAAUAUCGGCAAAAGCAUUCUUAA